AUGAUGGAGAACCUGACUCUACAAACAGACAUCCUGCUCCUAGAAGGGUUAAAAGUCACACCUCAAUCUGCUGCCCCCGCCUUCAUCCUCCUCCUCCUCAUCUACAUCUUCAUCAUGAUGGCUAACCUCGGCCUGGUGGUCCUCAUCUCCAUGGAGACGAGCCUCCACCAGCCCAUGUACCUGCUCUUCUGUAACAUGAGUGUUAACGAUGCGUUCGGGGCCUCUACUAUCAUUCCACGUAUUCUGCAGGAUAUUUUCCAGUCACAGCGUUACAUUUACUACGCCGACUGUGUGUUUCAGGCCUUCUGUGCCCAUUUUCAUGCCAGCGUCACCCACGCGGUGCUCAUGAUCAUGGCCUUCGACCGCUACGUGGCCAUUUGUAACCCUCUGCGCUAUGCCUCCAUCAUGACCAGCAGGAUGGUGUUGAAGCUGUCCCUGUCAGCGUGGGGUGUCAAUUUGGUCCUGGUUCUGAUCCUGAUCGGCCUGACUGUACGCCUGUCACGCUGUAGGAAAGUCAUAUUCAACCCGUUUUGCGAUAACGCUUCACUGUUUAAACUCUCUUGUGAAAGUGUCUUAAUAAACAACAUUUACGGCCUCGCAUACACCGUGGUUCUGCUAAGCUCUUCACUGGGCAGCGUCACACUCACUUAUGCCAGGAUCGCCAUUUCUUGUCUGAGUAACAAGAACGGAGCUCUGAACAGUAAAGCUCUGCAGACCUGUGCCACACACCUGCUAAUGUACAUCAUCAUGUUUGCAUCAGGCUGCGUUAUCAUCUUCCUGCACCGUUUCCCUCACCUUUCAGACCAAAGGAAGGUAGCAUCCAUCAUGUUCCACGUGGUUCCUCCUGCUAUGAAUGCCAUCAUCUAUGGUCUGCAGAUCAAAGCGGUCAGACAGAAGAUCUUCAUCUUGUUCACCAAGAACAUAGUGACUGUGAAAUCAAAGUAA